AUGUACACUACCCAGGGACUGGUCCGCAGUAAGGAAGAACAUCGCACCCAUGAAGGACUUGAGGACGACGACGAAGAUCUGGCACUCACUCCCCGACCCACCUCCCCUCUCGCACCAGAGUGGGCGCAUGAAGAAGGCAGCAGCUUCAAACCGCCGGGAGUAGUGCGAGGCGGGCCAUUGAUCCAGGGCAGCGUGUCUGGGGGAUUGAGUGCCAUACACCAGACGCAGCAUACUGCUCCGUACAACAGUGCAGUGGCUGCGACUGGAGCCAUACCAGUGAACACAGGUAUGAUUCCCGGUAGUGGUGUCAGGCGUCACGUGUGGAAUAACCGGCUCAUUCUGGAGAAAAAGGGGAGACUACUUCUGCUGCCGUAUGACGACUACAUAUUUAGUCUGUAUGUGGAUGCGGAAGAGGGGAUUUUGAUCGGAACUAUUUACGGCCGCAUUUUGCACUACGUCUUUCCGUGGGCAACCGGUGUGGCGAACAACGGCUUGGCGAACAACGGCUUGGCAAACAACGGCUCAGUCGACAACGGCUCGGUCGACAAUGGUUCGGCAAACAACGGUUCGACGCGGGGCUGGUCGUUGACGUCUGGCGGUGAGUGUAGUAUAUUGCAGGGCUUUAGCGAAGACGCUGUGCGGGGGCUGUACAUGACGCGCGAGAAGAUGUUCGGGAUCGUAGGGAACCAUGCCUGUUGGGCCUUUGACCGGCUGACUCGGAAAGAGCGCCAGUACAAGUUUGACCGACGGAUAUCAGCGCAAAUAAAGUACGUGCUACAGUGCGAAAAUCAGGUACUCAUCCCUUCCCUCGGUGUGACCAUCAUGCAUGACUUGGAGAAUCAGACUACGUUGCUCUGCCCUUUGCGUCUACCCGACUCUGAUGUAAUACCACUCGACUACCGGGAUGGCAACCUUAUCUCCUUCAUCCAUGCCGGGUCGAACGCCACCACUCCCGCCGCCAUCAAGGUCCUCAAACUACCCCUCACCAUCGAGGAACCCCGGUGGGGUACCACAGUAGACUGCAUAUUCCAUCAAGAGCUCCCGAAAAACGUCACUGGCCUUACCAAAGCGAAGUUCUGGGGAGCCGAUCGAAUUGCUUUCAUUACGAAUGGCAACCAAUUAUACGUAUUUGAGAUUUCAUCUGGGAACAGGCUGGUACGACCCUCACAACGAGCACUGGGCGGGCACUGGGCACUCGCCGAGGCCGGGCACCAACCAGGCGGCGAAAGGCACCAGGUGGGUGGAGAGCACCAGGCGGCGAAAGGCACCAGGUGGGUGGAGAGCACCAUAUGGGCGGCUGGGAUAAUGUAUGUGUAG